AUGGCACCAGUACAGGGUUAUUCUUACCUGAUGUCUCUCCCACAGGCCACGUAUGUGCUGCUGGCUCUGGCCUGGGUCUUUGUCCCUGUCUACAUCUCCUCAGGGGUUGGUCUCAUACACAUUACUCACUCACAUGACAAAUUGGAGCAGGUUCAGCAGAUUGUCACGAUGCCAGAGUAUCUGGGUCGCCGGUUUGGAGGAGAGAGGAUCCGCACCUACCUGGCAGUUCUCUCCCUGCUGCUGUCUGUUUUCACCAAAAUAUCAACUGACCUGUAUUCUGGAGCUCUCUUUGUUCAAGUGUGUUUGGGCUGGAACCUCUAUCUAUCCACUAUUCUCAUGCUGGUCGUCACUGCCCUAUACACUAUUGCAGCUUUUAAUAAAAUUGGGGGCUAUGGAAACCUGGCACAGGCAUACAGCAUUGCCAUCCCAAAAAAGAUUAUUCCAAACAGCACGUGUCACCUCCCCCGUGCAGACGCCAUGCACCUUUUCAGGGACGCCGUCACAGGAGACCUGCCCUGGCCCGGGAUGACUCUGGGACUCAGCAUUCUGGCCACAUGGUACUGGUGCACUGACCAGGUGGGUGCGUGA